AAUUAAUAAGAUGCGUAGAGCACUAGUCCUGGUUGUUACAUUUCUACAUGUAUAUGGAGCUUUUUCUGAGGAGCAAUCAAAUGCAGUGCCUUUAGUAUCAAAUAAUGCUCCAGUUUCUGUAACAAUGUCAUGCCAAAAAGUGGAAACUAAAGUUGUUUGCUCAUUCCAAUAUCUAAACAAUGGACAGGAGGACUUGUACUUGAUGAAACGGGACUCACCACUGGAAGAAGACAUCCUAUCUCCUUACAUGUCAGUAUACUUCAGUGGAGAGCAAAUAGAAUACGAAGGAGUCUUUGUGCACCGUGAAGAGCCUACAAUUGAUGACUUUGUUUUACUAAGGGCAGGAGAGACUCGCACUACAUCAAUCACACUCACUGAUGCUUAUAACUUUGCUAGCAUGACUAGCAUAGGAAUAUAUACCAUACAAUACAUGGAGCCAUUGCUGUAUAUAUCGAAAGAUAAGAUGAUGUCCAGAAAAGCCUACGAGCUUUCUCAAAUGCCAGUUCUUCAAUCUGUGACUGUAUACAUUAAGGACACAAGUGUCCUUGACCAGCCAUUUGAUGGUGAGACUUAUGAAACAGAUGAUGAAUUUGAAAUGGAAGAAACAUGUGAGAAAGCAAGCUACAUUAGUGCAACAGAAAAGGAAGGAAACAACACUGCUGAAAUACACGAGUUCAUUUGCAAGUCCCUGAAACUGGCAAGUCUUGAUGUGGACACACACCCUUCUCUAUACAAAGAAUGGUUUGGGGCUAGAAGCAGAAAAAAUACUGAAAUUGUCAAGAAGACAUUUGGUGAGAUGAUCAAAGGCCUUACUGUUAACAGAGUCGUCUAUGACAUGAAGCCAAAGUACUGCAGACCAAAGAGCAGUGGAUACAUUCAUUUGCAUAAGAGGACACUCGUGUUUAGCAUUUGCCAUGCUUUUUUUUCAAGGGACAUGUUUUGCAGUCAGUUUGGCUCACCUUCAAGAGAAGGAAUACUUGUGAAUAUGCUGAGCAAACUAUUCGGUCGCACUGCAGGGAUUCGACAUGGAGAGAAAGGCUGCAGGUUCCUGGCAAAAUAUUUCCCAGAAAUAGCCAUUCAUAAUUCAGGCAAUUAUGAGAGAUUCUACUGUCAGUCACGAUUUGAGUAGCAAGUACAAAAAAAGAACACUCUUUACUAAAUAAUCGAUGCUUGAGUUUUGUUAUUAACAUAGUACAUAGCUAUAGUGUGGUUUAAUUCCAUUUUUGCAAUAUAGAUUUCAAUAAAAAUAGAAAACAAAUAGAAUCUACAUGUGAAAUCUAAAUUGAUAAUAAAAUUUAAUUAUAGUUUUCAAUUUUGUACAGAA